AUGUCGAUUUCUAAAUUAUUUAAUCUUAACUCGGCGACCUUUCUAUUCGUGUGCAUAACUGAUGUGGCUGCCCAGCAAGUUCAGGAGAGAUUAAGGUCUUUGCACAGAUUGAUCUAUGAUAUAGAAUCUGAAAGGGGACGCAAUGAACAGUGCAUUGACUCUAUCCUGCGAGCUGAAAAAGCAGCAGAGAGCUCACCGUCUACUGAAGAUUCAGGUUCAUCACAACAACAAAUGCAACUAAAGAAUCUGUACAAAAAUGGUCUUACUGCUGCGGAGCAAGAAGAGAGGGUUCUACGAGCAGCUCUAUCAAGAAUUUAUGAGAUAAGAGCUAUCAAAAAUGAAAGGAGAAUUCAGGCUCGCCACGCCGGCAACAAGGAAACAAUUGGCUGUGGAGCCUUAAUGAAGAUGUUAUUAAGUGCGGCUCAGACACUUCCCUUGCAUGUUGGCCGAGUUGGUGAGAGAGCUCCAUCCCUUUGCGGAGCAGUACCUGCUGAUGCAGGUCAUAUUGCACGUCCUGGGGAUGCUGUGGCGGCACUCGUGCGAGUGUCUGAUAAGGAAGAGAAUUGGAUUCUUGCCGAGGUGGUAAGUUGGCUACCUGCCCAAGGCAAAUACGAAGUGGACGAUAUCGAUGAAGAGCAGAAGAACCGGCACGUUUUGAGCAAGCGUCGCGUCGUCCCCCUGCCCCUGAUGAGAGCAGACCCCAGGACAGACGAGCAGGCGUUAUUCCCCAAGGGCGCAGUGGUUAUGGCGUUGUAUCCGCAAACCACUUGCUUUUAUCGCGCCGUGGUGAAUCGAUUGCCGUCGUCUGCUGCGGACCCGUAUGAAGUUUUGUUUGAGGACUUUUCGUACGCGGAUGGCUACUCUCCCCCGGAGCGAGUGGCGCAGCGCUACGUGAUUGCGAUCAAGGAGGGCAAAGGGCGGGCCACCUGA